AACUUGCACUACUUUCACGUGUUCUAAAAGAACCUUUCUUCCGCUGGUCUGGUUUAUAUAAACAGAGCAUGUUCGAUCCUUGAACAACGAACACCUCUUGUUUCAUCUCCCUCUUCUUCACUUUUAGCAAAUAAUGAUCAACGUCGUCAUGAUGAUUCUCCUAUGCCUCAUCUCACUUCUAUGUUUCUUUACCUUCUUCAAGAAACCAAAGGAUAGCUCUGAUUUGCCUCCAAGGCCUCCUUCUAUGCCAAUCAUUGGUCAUCUUCACCUUCUGCUCUCUUCUUUAAUCCACAAGUCUUUCCAGAAAAUCUCAUCCAACUACGGUCCUCUCCUCCAUCUCCGCAUCUUUAACGUCCCUAUAGUCCUCGUCUCCUCUGCUUCAGUGGCUAACGAGAUAUUCAAGUCCCAUGACGUGAACAUCUCCUCUCGAGGUCUCCCUCCCAUCGAUGAGUCCCUCUUUUUCGGUUCUUCAGGUUUCUUCUCCGCUCCACAUGGAGAUUACUGGAAGUUCAUGAAGAAGCUCGUCGUCGCCAAGCUUCUUGGACCGCAAGCAAUCGAGCGGUCAAGAACCAUCCGUGCGGAGGAGUUAGAGAGGUUUUACUUUGAUCUGCUCGAAAAAGCGAUGAAGAAAGAGACAGUUGAGAUACGUAGAGAAGCGAUGAAGUUCACUAACAACAGCACAUGCAAGAUGAUUAUUGGGAGGAGGUGUUGGGAGGAGAACGGUGAAGGUGAGAGAGUCAGGGGAUUGAUUACUGAAUCUAUUGCCUUGACGAAGAAGGUUUUAUUUGCAACCUUGUUGCGCAAGCCACUUGAGAAGCUAGGGAUCCCACUUUUUAAGAAGGAGAUAAUGGAUAUUUCCGGUAGAUACAACGAGGUGCUUGAGAGCUUUCUUGUGGAACACGAAACGAAACUGGAGAAGCAUCAUCUACAUCAAAGUAAGGAUUUGAUGGAUGUGUUGUUAGAAGCUAAAGAAGACGAAAACGCCGAGUAUAAGAUCACUAGGGAUCACAUCAAGUCCUUGUUUGUGGAGCUUUUCCUUGGAGGCACAGACACAUCAAAGCAAACAAUACAGUGGACAAUGGCUAGAAUCAUUAACAACCCUAAAGUUAUUGAGAGAUUAAGAGAAGAGAUGGAUUCCGUUGUAGGGAAAUCAAGAUUGAUUCAAGAAACUGACUUACCAAACCUUCCCUACUUGCAAGCAGUAAUCAAAGAAGCACUAAGGAUGUAUCCACCCGUACCUCUCUUUGGAAGGAGGCUCCAAGAAGGAUGCAAGAUGGGAGGGUUCUAUGUCGCGGAGAAGACAACACUUGUAGUUAAUGGUUAUGCUAUCAUGAGAGAUCCUAAUUACUGGGAAGAUCCUGAUGAGUUUAAGCCAGAGAGGUUCUUAGGAGAGCAAGGGGACGAGAUAAGAGAGCAAGUACUGAAGUACCUUUCUUUCGGGAGUGGUCGGAGAGGAUGUCCUGGAUCAAACCUAGCUUAUAUCUUUCUAGGAACAGCUAUUGGAAUGAUGAUUCAGUGUUUUGAUUGGAGAACUGAAGAAGUUAAGGUUAACUUGGAAGAGACUCUUUCAGGAAUGGUCUUGACAAUGGCUCAUCCCCUUAAGUGCAUUCCUGUUCCUCGAAUCUGUAGCUUCCCAGUUCAUCACUGAUAUAUCAUUACCUUGUAACUAAAGUGUCCGUAUGAUUGUUAAGGACUUGUAAUCUAACCUAUACUAAAAGGGUUAUAUGAGCAUCAGUGAAGCUGUCCAAGUAGGACAAUUAAAUCAGCCAAUCAAGAGGCUUCUCUACGACACGUCAGACACGGUUUAACCAAAGGCGAUUCUCGAUCCCUUUUCUUUUCGUCUUCUCCGUCAUCUUCGUUUCGUGCGAUCGCCAAUCUGGCUUACUAGCAAUCAAUCCCAUCUCCAUUCUUAAACGCAAUUUGAUCUUAUUAAUGGAGACUCCUGCCUUUCUCGAUCUGAGAUUCUAUAUAUAUAGAUCUCGCACUUCACCUCUUCUCUUCACUUCAUCUGGCUUCAAAAAUUCUUUUGGAUAAACUAUUCGCUCGGACACAUGAACAAACGAAGCUGCGCUAAUGGUUUUGUUGAAACGUGAAGAAGACUUGCAGGACGCAGAGAGGAAGGUUCUCUCUUUUGUUUUUGCGUUAUCUUCUCCUUCCUCGCUUCUCUCCCAUGAGAAGCCUCUGUCUUUCCUCUCGAUGUCCCUCUCCGUCUCCGAAGCUGCCGCUCCUCCUCCUUUGGCUUCAGCUAUUCCUUUUCCUUUUAUAUCUUCCCUCAGAGAUUUAAUCUACGGCUUCCGUCGACAGUAGAAGAUAAGAACUGUCAGGAGAAAGAUGAAGAUCAGAACUCCGCCGGCGGCGCUUCCAGCGAUGAUUCCGAUUAGUUUCACUGUGAUCACAGAUAUUCUUUAUUUUUUUCUUAUCCACCAAUUUCUUGGCAAUUUGGGAAUUCAGAAACAGAAUAUUUCUUAUGGCUAUUUGUUCACCAAUUUGGGAGGUCAGCCAUUUGGUCAAGUCCCAGUUUUACUAGACGGACAUCUAAAGUUGACUGAAUCCCAAGCCAUAUCACUAUACAUCGAGAGUGCUCAUAGACAUUUAUUUUCCUCAAACUUUCCCUAAUGACAACUUUGCAGCCUCAUUUAUCCUGAAGACAGGCAGCUCAGAAUGUAAAAAUUGAGGUCAACUGAUGGGCAUCCAUAUGCUGCUGCUAGAUUCCAAGCGUUUUCUUCUCAGGUUAAGCUUAGAUACGUUUUAUGUGAUCAGUUUGUUUGUGAAAGUUUUGCAAAGAGAUUUCCGAAAACCCAAUUUACUCUGCUCCAGUUGCAACCAAAGGCAUAAGCGUCAAUGAACCUGUAAUAUGGAUGGUUUUGGGAGAGGUGAUGCCCGACCGAAGCGUUGUUGGUUGGAUUCUUAGGGAUGUGAAGGGAGAAAUGAAGUGUCUUAGAGGAGCCCCAUCUGUUUCGAGGUCCUUUACUGACUUGUGAGAUGAAGCAGAAGCAUUGAUAUGAUAUGGAGUGUUAUUUGUAUACUUGGACUAUAAGAAAUUCAGCAUUUUACCACCUUGGCUCUGACCAAUGUGAAGUUAGAGGUCAGCUGUUUCAAGGAAAGUGACGUCUCAUAGUUCAAUUUAUACUUUUGUUGAUUUUGGUGGAACGAAUGGUGUUAUUUUAAUAAUGCCAAGAUCUGUUUGAUGAAUUUCUAGGAGGCUAGGAACACUGUCAAACAAGAGGGAGCCAUUUGCAAGAUCAGUGGCUUUGAUGUUGCAAGAAGCAACACCCACUUUAAACUCUCUACAACGAUGUGUCUUAGUGUUUUUUGACGAACUGUGUCAUGCAUCUUUUCUUUGAUCGCCAUCAGCGUCCACGUGCAGCAACAUUUGCAAAUCAUGGAGGGAACGAUUUUCCUGGAGAUAAAACGCCUGGUGUCAAAUAUCUCUCCUGCAGCUGCUCUGAUGGAGAAUGGUCAAAUGGUAAUGACCAGAGCAACGAAAGUGUGUAAACCCCUCGAACCUGGCGAGCCCAUCCGGUGGAGCAGCUUCAGUUGCAGAAUACAAUUGUGAGCAGACUAUCAUGAUGAAGACCCGGUUCAAGUUGCUGGAAACACACUAAAGAAGGCACGCACCGAGUAAUUGCUAAGGCUAUCGAACUUGAGACCUCCCUAUUUCCCUUUUGCUUCAUUGCAGUAUUGUUUAUAAAAAAAGAAAUUCAUAGUUUGUUUUGUUUCAUGGACCAUGUUUGCAACUUCUACCACAAUUAAAACUUAUUAUUACUUAUUA